AUGCAUCUUUUGAGUCAGGAUGUUGUUCUUUUACAGAUUUCAAACCGUGGAUCAUCUUCAAGAAGGUCUUCAGGAAAUGCUGAUGCAAGAGAUCAUCAUCGAAGAUACGUCCAGCCAGCGCCAGCACCACCGGUACAGCGUUACACGGGAGGAUACAAUGAAGUCAAUCAUCCUCCUUCUUACCAGGGACAAUACGAGCAGCAGGAUUACGCUACAGCUGGACCGGCUCCUAAGUCUGAUGUGCCACCGCCUGUUUAUCAAGGAUCGUCUUUUGGUACUGGAAGCUAUUCUUACGCGGAAACAACAACUGAGGCACCAGCCUCGUCCGGAUACAACUAUAGAGAUCAAAAUGUGGCUAAUACAACAUCCUUCAAAGAUCCCUGGGAAGAAGCUGGUCUGGGCUACCUAAAGGUGCAAGUGGAAAAUAAAUCCUCCACACCGAAAAGUUCUGAUUAUCCCAAUCUGCCAACUAAUCCCAUGAGCACUCCAAUCCCGCUUACAGGUUCCCCGUCGGUUAGCUAUCAGCAAGUAAUGACAAGAUUGCCUGCUGUGAUUCCCACUUUCAAAGAUCAGGGAGAACUUCCUUAUGGAGUAAACGACUAUCCAAACAAGUGGGAAUCGGGAUAUAGUCCCGGAUUCGACAAGCAUGAGCGCGGCCCUGUAGCAGCCUUAUGGGCUGGCGUUUGGCUAGAUGAUGAGCAAAUGCGAACUUGUCAUCUCUUUGACCAUGUGGAUCUUUAUCGACUUGUAUACAUUGUUACGACUUUGAAUUCGACUGUUGAUUGCUGCAACAAUGAUCUGGAGUGUAUAAAAAUUGCAACAUACAUUCUCAAUAGCGCGGGUAGACCAAAAGGGUUUGGAAAUCGUGGUGCAGCAGUUAACAUCUUAGGUGCGUGGAUGGGAAGCAAUAAUAAGUCGAUUGAGAUAGGUCUAGGUACAGGGAAAAAGAAGGCUACUAAAGGAUAUCCAUAUUGGACUCCUAAGAAGCUCGUGUCAGGCCUACCAGAAGCUAUCAUGGGGUAUUUUGGCUACGACAAUGCCUCUGCCGUUGCGGACAAGAGGCUUUGCUGGCAAUGGAGAGUUCCCUACUUCAUGUCUCGUGAUAAAGAAAUUGGACCUGAAACCAUUUGGUACAUACCACAGACCUAUACUUACCCACCUUUACCCGCCGAAGCUCGCACUUGGACCAACACAACCGCAGAGAAAGAAGAUACCCAUGAACAGCAAUAUUUGCAGAAUGAUCCAGAUGAAGUGGACGCCCUACAGAAAAGAUUAGAGCGAGUGAGUUGGGGAGAGCAGAGCAGGUUGGAAGCAGAACAAUUGGCAUUAGAUGAAGCAAAACAGUAUCACAAAGCGGGAAGGGGAGAGGAAUACGAUGUAGUCACUGUGGAGCCUCAAAUCUCGACUUCUAAACAUUCACGUGAAGAAUCGAGCGCUUCCAAAUCUCACCAUGGUUACAGUAGGGUAUACUCUGAGGACAGUAAAGGGAAAGCUUCUUAUAAUGGACGCGUUGGUCAUACUAUUAGGAUGUAA